UUCUCUUCUAAUCAUUUGAGAGAGUUGUGUACUUCAUAUUCCUUAAUAGUUAAGAGAUUGUACGGCUUCUCUGGUCGCUUGAGGAGCGAAAUGUUUCUACAGAGGUUCAGUCCAACGACAGGAAAAAUGGAAUGGGUGAAAGAGGAUAAAGAUUACGACAUGAGAAAUGAAAUCGCGAGAUCGUCUUAUGCAGACAUGCUUCACGAAGACGAGAGGAACAAAAUGUACUAUCAGGCAACCAAACAAGCUGUCAAAAAUCUCAAAGCUGCAGGGAAAAAAAUUCACAUGUUAGACAUUGGAACAGGGACUGGACUUCUGGCCAUGAUGGCUGUGAGGAGUGGAGCAGAUGGGGCAACCGCUUGCGAGGCAUUUGAACCUAUUGCCAAAGUAGCUGGUGAAAUAACAAAAAAGAAUGGAUUUGGUGACAAAAUCUCAGUUAUUGGGAAACGCUCAACUGAAUUAUCAUUAGAAGAAGAUGGAAAUCUCCAAAGCAGAGCUAAUCUACUAGUAACAGAAUUGUGGGACACAGAACUUAUUGGAGAAGGAGCACUACCAACUUUAAGGGAUGCCUGCAGACGUUUACUUGAGCCAGAAUUCAUUAGUGUCCCAGCUGCAGGCACAAUUUAUGCUCAAGUCGUAGGAAGUAAUGCACUCUGGAGUAUGCACCAGCUCAAUCCACAGCAGAUGUUGGACAACCAAGAUAUUACCUUACCUGUUGAUAUGGAAGAUUGUCGUGGGACUGCAAGUGGUUUUGAUAUACAUGUUGAUGAACUGUCUAAUGAUGAAAUUCAUAUUUUUACAUCACCUGUUCCAGUUGUUAGGUUUGAAUUCUGUAGUGGAAGUCAGUCGAAGAAUCCCCACUGCACCAACAGAGUGUCAAUACCAGAGACCAAAGACAGAGCUGACGAUGAUAAAACAGUGUCUCAUCAUUGUGUAGAGACUUCAGUGACCCAGACAGGCCCUGUACAUGGAGUGGUUAUGUGGUGGUCAUUAGAUAUGGACAUGGAUGGUAAAAUUAUCUUGACAACAGCUCCCUGCUGGGUACAUCCUGAUGGUGACAAAAGACAGUGGAGAGAUCACUGGAUGCAAGCAGUCUAUUUCUUAAAAACACCACUAGUCAUGCAAGAAGGUGACAAAAUAAAUGUUCACUGUUACCAUGAUGACUACAGCGUUUGGUUUGAUGUCACACCAGUAAAAAGAAUUUUAACAACAGUUGAUCGUCCACUCUGUACAUGUGGAGCCCAUGUCACCUGGAGUCGUCACAGAUUUGCCAUGUUGAAUGACAGGCAAAGAUCACAAGCUUUUACAAAAGCAUUGAAACAGUUGGUUGCUGAGGGUUUUUCUAGAUGUCUGUGCAUCAGUGAUGGGUCCUUGCUUCCUAUCAUGGCAGCCAAGCUUGGUUUUGAGAAGGUCAACACAGUGGAGUCUUCAGUUUUAUUUCAAAAGUUUUUUAGGAAGAUAAUGGAUUUAAAUGGAGUAGCUGAUAAAAUAGAGAUUCUUAGUCAAGAAGAAUCGGACCUACAGGUUAAGGACUUAUCGACUGUCCAGGUUGAUGUCAUUUGCGGUGAACCGUUUUUCACGAGUGGCCUGUUCCCGUGGCACAACUUGUACUUCUGGUACGCUGCAGCCAGCGCUGCUAGAAUGAGCAAACCAACAGUCAAGAUAUUACCCAAGGGUGCAACCUUGAAAGCAAUAGUAGUGGAGUUUGACGACCUAUGGAAAUUCCAUGCCCCUGUGAAUAUCGUUGAAGGAUUUGAUAUCUCACUGUUUGACAAACUAAUAGAGGGAUCAAAGAUUACAAAUGAAGAAAUUAACAGCGAAAGUAGUGAUGGGAUAGCACUGGAGCCGCAUCACCUGUGGGAGUAUCCCAGCCAUGCUCUUACUAACGAGUUCACGCUCAUGGAAUUUGACUUCACGUCAAAUAUACCAAGCCAGAAAAUGGCAAGCGAGGGAAAAGCGAAACUCACAAGGCCUGGUACUUUUCAUGGUGUAGCAAUAUGGAUGGACUUCCACCUCACUGAUAAAUUAACCGUUACCACAGGAUUACAACCGAACCAAGAUGGAGCGUUAGAGGUCUCGAAAUUAAACUGGGUUCGCCACACAAAGCAAGGGGUAUACUUUGUGAAGUCGCCAACUAAGAUUCAAGACUCAACUCUUGCAAAUGAAAAUGCUUCAUGUAUUAGCUAUGAUGUUAGUUUUGAACCAUGCACGGGAGAAAUAGAUUUUAACUUUCAGUUGAAGAUAAGCUGACGCAGGGCUUGAUAUUAAAAAGUCUUUCAAAAGCGUC